ACCUCGUGCUGCUGGCUGCUCUUAAAGGGGCCGCUCGUCUCGCGCUAUAAAAGAAGCGGAGGAGCGAAAAAAAGUACAACACAACAGAGAGACUGAGAGAGAGGGUAACAGAGAAAACAGAGAGAAACGGAGUUUUUUCUCCUUUAUUCUCCUUCACUGAGGAAUUACAGCUCAUGAAAACACAAGAAUAACACCUCACGCUCCAAACACGACGGUCCAGAGAGGAGACACGGACUGAGAGGAUCCGUGGCAAGAUGGCCGUCUCCACUCAGUUGGGUUUGCUGUUGUGGAAGAACUUCACCUACAGGCGGAGGCAAACCGUCCAGCUGCUGGUUGAGAUCGUGUGGCCUCUCUUUAUCUUCUUCAUUUUGAUAUCAGUGCGACUCUACUAUCCUCCCUACGAGCAGCAUGAAUGCCACUUUCCCAACAAGGCCAUGCCCUCAGCGGGCACCCUGCCAUGGGUGCAGGGCAUCAUCUGCAACGCCAACAACCCCUGCUUCCGCUACCCCACCCCUGGAGAGACUCCUGGGGUCGUGGGCAACUUCAACGACUCCAUCAUCUCCCGGCUGUUUGUUGAUGCCAAGAAAAUCCUUCUGUACAGCCAAAACGACAAGAGCUUUGAAGGGUACAAAGGACUCGUCAGGGCCCUCAGGAAAUUACAGAGGAACACGGCAGGUUUUAAGCUGAAGGACUUUCUCCACGACAAUGAAACGCUGUCUCAGUUCCUGGAGCGGAACGCUACCCUGAGCAAACACGCCGUGCAGCAGAUAGUGGACGCUGACGUCAACCUGGAGAAGGUGCUGAUUAAAGGUUUCGGAGUUCAUCUGAGAGAUCUGUGUAACACCACGUCACUGGAGGACUUUGUGACCAUCGCUGACCGCAACGUUUCCCAGCUGACCCAGGGCAUCAUCUGCCAGGCCUCCGCAGACUGGCUGAACCGGGCAGAGAACCACUUCCUCUCUAACCUCGACUUCCUCAAACCCAUCAGAAAGGACGUCAAGUCUGACCCAAAGGUGGUCCAGGACGUGUCCAUGGCAACAGACAGGCUGCUGGAGAGCCUUGGAGCUCUGACUGUGGAGCUGGUGAGUAUGAAGAGCUGGCGGGACAUGCGGAACGAGAUCCUGUACCUGACGGGUAACGUCACGCGCUCCCCGAACCACAUGUACCAGGCCGUGUCCCGCAUCGUCUGUGGUCACCCGGAGGGCGGCGGCCUCAAGAUCAAAUCCCUCAACUGGUACGAAGACAACAACUACAAGGCCCUGUUCGGUAACCAUAACGACAACGAGACCGAGCCCAUGUCCGCCUACGACAACACGUCCACUCCCUACUGUAACAACAUGAUGAAGAGUCUGGAGUCCAGCCCUGUCUCCCGUAUGAUCUGGAGAGCUCUGAAGCCUCUGCUGAUGGGGAAGAUCCUGUACACACCCGACACUCCGGCCACACAGAGGAUCAUCCAUGAGGUCAAUAAGACGUUUCAGCAGCUGGGUGUGCUGAGGGACCUCGGGGGGAUGUGGGAGGAGAUGAGGCCGAAAGUCUGGGACUUCAUGGAGAACAGUGAGGAAAUGGAUCUCGUCAGAACUCUGCUGCAGAAUAACGCCAGCGCUCGCUUCUUCAACACUAAGCUGAAAGGAACGGAGUGGAGGGUGGAGGACAUUUCCAGAUUCCUGACUAAAGUCUCAGAAGAUACUCGCCCCCCUGGAUCAGCUUAUACCUGGAGAGAGGUGUUCAACGAGACGGACCAGGCCAUCCAAACCAUCUCUAGAUUCAUGGAGUGUGUAAACCUGGAUAAACUGGAGCCGGUGGCCAAUGAGGAGCGUCUGGUGAAUAAGUCCAUGCGUCUGCUGGAUGAUCGCAAGUUCUGGGCCGGAAUCGUGUUUCCGGACAUCAAGGCCAACGCAUCUGAGAUACCGAGUAACGUUAACUACAAGAUCCGCAUGGACAUCGACAAUGUGGAGCGCACCAACAAGAUCAAGGAUGGGUACUGGGACCCCGGUCCUCGUGCUGACCCAUUCGAGGACCUGCGCUACGUCUGGGGUGGUUUCUCUUACCUGCAGGAUGUUAUUGAACAUGGAAUCAUCAGAGCUCUAACAGGCAGCAAGGAGAAAACUGGAGUCUACAUCCAGCAGAUGCCCUACCCGUGCUACGUUGACGACAUUUUCCUGCGAGUGAUGAGCCGCUCCAUGCCCCUGUUCAUGACUCUAGCCUGGAUGUACUCAGUGGCCAUCAUCAUAAAGGGCGUGGUCUACGAGAAGGAGGCCCGUCUGAAGGAAACCAUGAGGAUUAUGGGUCUGGAUAAUGGAAUCCUCUGGCUAAGCUGGUUCAUUAGCAGCCUGAUCCCUCUGCUCAUCAGCGCCGCCCUGCUGGUGCUCAUUCUGAAGAUGGGGAACCUGCUGCCCUACAGUGACCCGGGUGUGGUCUACCUCUUUCUGGUGUCCUUUGCCAUAGUGACCAUCAUGCAGUGCUUCCUCAUCAGUACGAUCUUCUCCCGCGCCAACCUGGCCGCUGCCUGCGGAGGCAUCAUCUACUUCACCCUCUACCUGCCCUAUGUGCUGUGUGUGGCCUGGCAGGACUACGUGGGCUUUGGGGCCAAAGUGGUGGUGAGUCUCUUGUCGCCGGUGGCGUUCGGCUUCGGCUGUGAGUACUUUGCGCUGUUUGAGGAGCAGGGGGUGGGCAUUCAGUGGAGUAACCUGCUCUCCAGCCCGCUGGAGGAGGACAGCUACAGCCUCACUACCUCCAUCUCCCUCAUGCUGUUCGACGCUCUGCUCUACGCUGUCAUGACCUGGUACAUCGAGGCCGUCUUCCCGGGUCAGUACGGUAUUCCCCGCCCCUGGUACUUCCCCUUCACUAAGUCCUACUGGUGUGGAGAGAAAUGUGGCUGGACUUCAGCACAGACCACCAACAAGAGGGAAAACGCAGAAGCGUUCUGUAUCGAGGACGUACCCUCUGAUCUGGAGCCUGGCGUCUACAUCGAGAACCUGGUGAAGGUGUACAGACACGGCAACAAGCUGGCGGUGGACGGACUGACUCUGGGCUUCUACGAGGGCCAGAUCACUUCCUUCCUGGGCCACAACGGAGCGGGAAAGACCACCACCAUGUCCAUUCUUACUGGCCUCUUCCCGCCCACAUCCGGCACCGCCUACAUCAUGGGCAAAGACAUCCGCUCAGAUCUCAGCGCCAUCCGCCAGAACCUGGGCAUGUGCCCACAGCACAACGUCCUCUUCAGCAUGCUGACGGUGGAGGAGCACAUCUGGUUCUACGCUCGUCUGAAGGGCCUGUCUGAGGAGAAGGUGAAGGCUGAGAUGGAUCAGAUAGUAUCAGACCUCGGCCUGCCUCACAAACGCAAAUCCAAAACCAGCCAGCUCUCAGGUGGAAUGCAGAGGAAGUUAUCGGUAGCUCUGGCAUUCGUCGGAGGUUCAAAGGUUGUGAUUCUGGACGAGCCCACUGCUGGGGUGGAUCCGUACGCACGCAGGGGCAUCUGGGACCUGCUGUUAAAAUAUCGUCAAGGCCGAACCAUCAUCCUCUCCACCCACCACAUGGACGAGGCUGAUAUCCUGGGUGACCGUAUAGCCAUCAUCUCCCAUGGAAAGCUGUGCUGCGUAGGCUCCUCCCUCUUCCUCAAGACACAGCUAGGAACUGGAUACUACCUGACCCUGGUCAAGAGGGACUUCGACCUCUCGCUCAGCUCCUGCCACAACUCCAGCAGCACCGUGUCCUACUCCAAGAACAGCCUGAAGAAGGAGGACAGCGUGUCUGAGAGCAGCUCUGAUGCUGGACUGGGCUCGGACCAUGAGAGUGAAACUACCACCAUUGAUGUCUCCCUCAUCUCCAAUGUGAUCUUCAAGCACGUCCCAUCUGCCAGGCUGGCGGAGGACUUGGGUCACGAGCUCACUUAUGUGUUGCCGUAUGAAGCAGCCAAGGACGGAGCCUUCGUUGAACUGUUCCACGAGAUUGACGAUCGCCUCAUUGACCUCGGCAUCUCCAGCUACGGCAUCGCAGACACAACACUGGAGGAGAUUUUCCUCAAAGUCGCUGAGGACAAUGGCGUUGAUGCUGAAACUUCAGAUGGCACCAUUCUUUCAAGAAGGAACCGUAGACACGCAUUUGGUGGAGACCAUCAGAGCUGCCUGAGACCGUUUACUGAAGACGACAGCUUUGAUUUCAAUGACUCAGAAGGUGAUCCAGAAUCUCGUGAGACGGACUGGCUGGGCGGUUCUGAUGGUAAAGGGUCGUACCAGGUUAAAGGGUGGAGUCUGAAGAGGCAGCAGUUUGUGGCUUUGCUCUGGAAGCGCUUCUUGUAUGCCCGACGGUCUAGGAAAGGAUUCUUUGCUCAAAUUGUUCUGCCUGCUGUAUUUGUGUGCGUCGCCCUGAUCUUCAGCCUGAUCGUCCCACCGUUUGGAAAAUACCCAAGUCUGGAACUGGAACCCAGCAUGUAUGAAGAGCAAUUCACUUUUGUCAGCAAUGAUGCCCCAGAAGACCUGCAGACCAACAAGCUACUGGGAGCUUUAACAGAGCGCCCGGCCUACAGUAAACGAUGUGCGGAGGAGGCGAAGUCUGUAGACGGCUCGUGUCCGAUUCGAGCUGAGGAAUGGGAGAUGCCUGAGAUCGCUGAGACAGUGAGAGACAUGUUUGUGACUGGAAACUGGAGCAUGGACCACCCGUCUCCCUCCUGCGAGUGCAGCUGUGAGCACAGUAAGAAGAUGCUCCCGGAGUGUCCACCAGGAGCCGGGGGUCUGCCACCACCACAGAUUAAAGUCAGCCAGACGGACACUUUGCAGAAUCUGACUGGGAGGAAUAUCUCAGACUACCUGGUGAAAACAUACGCGCAGAUUAUUGGCAAAAGUUUGAAGAACAAGAUCUGGGUGAAUGAAUUCAGGUAUGGAGGAUUCUCAUUGGGUGCCAGAAGUUCACAGCCCAUGCCCCCUGCUGAUGAAGUCCAUGACGCUAUCUCUCACCUUCGAAGGCGUUUCAGCUUAGAAAGAGGAACUUCAGCCGAUCGUUUCCUGAAGAGCCUGUCUGGAUUCAUCCAGGGCCUGGAUACCAAGAACAACGUCAAGAUCUGGUUCAACAACAAAGGCUGGCACAGCAUCGGAGCUUUCCUCAACGUGAUGAACAACGGGAUCCUGCGCACCAGCCUGCCCACUGGACUGGACCCUGCCAAGUUCGCCAUUAAAGCCUUUAACCAUCCCCUGAACCUCACCAAGGAGCAGCUCUCCCAGGUCGCCCUGAUGACCACGUCUGUGGACGUUCUGGUGUCCAUCUGCGUGAUUUUUGCCAUGUCCUUCGUCCCGGCCAGCUUUGUGGUCUUCCUCAUUCAGGAGAGAGUGAACAAAGCCAAGCACCUGCAGUUCAUCAGCGGAGUGCAGCCCUUCCUCUACUGGCUCGCCAACUUCGUGUGGGAUAUGUGUAACUACAUCGUCCCGGCGACCCUCGUCAUCAUCAUCUUCGUCUGCUUUCAGCAGGAGGCCUACGUCUCCUCCACCAACCUGCCUGUCCUGGCUCUGCUUCUGCUGCUCUACGGGUGGUCCAUCACUCCUCUGAUGUAUCCAGCAUCCUUCUUCUUUAAGAUCCCCAGCACCGCCUACGUGGUUCUAACCAGCGUCAACAUCCUGAUUGGAAUCAAUGGCAGCGUGUCCACGUUCGUGCUGGAGCUUUUUGGCAGCAAUGAGAUCGGUGGCAUCAACGAUAUACUGAAGAACGUGUUCCUGAUCUUCCCUCACUUCUGUCUGGGCCGGGGGCUGAUAGAUAUGGUGAAGAACCAGGCCAUGGCUGAUGCUCUGGAGAGAUUUGGUGAGAACCGGUUCCGUUCUCCUCUGGCGUGGGACAUGGUGGGCAAGAACCUCUUUGCAAUGGCUGUGGAAGGCGUGGUGUUCUUCUUCAUCACUGUGCUGAUCCAGUACCGGUUCUGCAUCAAAGCCAGGGGAUUUAGCGCUAAUCUGAAGCCGAUCGGUGAGGAAGAUGAGGACGUAGCCAGAGAGAGGCAGAGGAUUCUGGGUGGAGGUGGACACAGCGACAUCCUGGAGCUCAGGCAGCUCACCAAGGUGUAUAAGAGGAAGCAGAAGCCGGCUGUGGACAGACUGUGUGUAGGAAUCCCACCUGGAGAGUGUUUCGGUUUGCUCGGGGUGAACGGUGCUGGAAAGACGAGCACCUUCAAGAUGCUGACUGGUGAUUCAGUCAUCACUGGAGGAGAGGCGUAUUUAGCUGGAAAGAGUGUGCUGACAGAAAUAGACGAGGUGCAUCAGAACAUGGGCUACUGCCCGCAGUUCGACGCCAUUAACGACCUGCUCACGGGCCGAGAACACCUGGAGUUUUACGCCAUUCUGAGGGGAGUGCCUGAAAAAGAAGUCUGUGAGGUGGCGGACUGGGGGAUUCGUAAGCUGGGGCUGGUGAAGUAUGUGGAUAAAGCUGCUGGGAGCUACAGUGGAGGAAACAUGCGGAAACUCUCCACUGCCAUCGCACUGAUCGGGGGUCCACCGGUGGUUUUCUUGGACGAGCCCACCACUGGUAUGGACCCUAAAGCCCGGCGAGCGCUGUGGAACUGCAUCCUCAGCAUCAUUAAAGAGGGACGCUCUGUCGUCCUGACCUCACACAGUAUGGAGGAGUGUGAGGCUCUCUGCACUCGUAUGGCCAUCAUGGUCAACGGCACGUUCCGCUGUAUGGGCAGCGUCCAGCACCUGAAGAACAGGUUUGGUGACGGUUACACCAUCGUGCUGCGGGUGGCGGGAGCGGACCCUCAGCUGGAGCCGGUGAUGAAGUUCAUCGAGCACGAGCUGCCCGGCAGCACUCUGAAGGAGAAGCACAGGAACAUGCUGCAGUACCAGCUGCCUUCAUCCCUGUCCUCACUCGCCCGGAUCUUCAGCAUCCUCGCCAAGAACAAAGACGAGCUGCACAUCGAGGACUACUCCGUCUCACAGACCACGCUAGACCAAGUAUUCGUCAAUUUUGCCAAGGACCAAAGUGACGAGGACCACUUAAAAGACUUUUCCAUAAGCAAGAGCGACGCGGUGGUGGACUUUUCUCAGCUCAGCUCUUUCCUCAUGGACGCCACAGCCAAGGAAACCGUGGUGUGAUCAAACCACCAAACCAGCCACCAGCGGACGCGUGCCGACGCCCGUUUUUAUAAGACUCUAGUGUCAUUAUUUUUUUUCAUACCUUUUUUUAUUUUAGGUGUUUUUUGUUAUAUAGCGUUUCAGUGGGAGUGUGUGCCCAGAAGAGGGCGCUGGACUUUUCGCACACUACUGAAAGACUCAACUCAAUGCAAAUCAAUGCAAAAACGUGAGGAAACGGGGAAGAAUCCACUGCGGCGGCGGCGGCGAGGAAGAGCCUGGUGCCCCUCGGAUGCGGCGUCGCGCGACGUUAGCGAGCAUGAAACUUGAAGGGUGAAGAAUUUAUGCAGAUCUGAUCUGACACUGCCAGCAAGACUCAAGAUAAAUCAGGGCCUAACUUCUUCUUCAUCUCUUUCAACGCCAGACUUUUAAUAUCGCUGUUGGAGCGUCCGUUUUUUGCCCGAUCUUUUAAUUACGUAUGGAGAAUGUUUUCAAAAUGCUAUUUUUUGUAAUUCCGUAAAAAAAAAAGAAAAAAAAAGAGUGAAGUAGUCCACUGCUGUUCGGCGAGGGAGGAAGCUGACGGACAAACGGACGAAUAAAGGACAACAGAACGAACAACUGUUACGUUAAGAAAGCGACAGUGCACGAGUUUCACCGCAAACUCUGAAACACGGAAAUGACUGAUAAAAAAAAAAAAAACGGAAACAGGUCUGCGGAUGUUGGUUACUGGUUUCUUUGAAGUGUGUUUGUUGCAUGCUUUACAAAGAGCUGAAGCAUGGGCUUUAUUCCAGUUACGCGUGUGAUCAUACUGUCGUUUCCUACUGUCGUGGUUUUAAAAAGGGUUGGAUAACGGAAAUGCGGGAGCUGUGGGAGAUGUGGCGGGACUUCACUGAUAUAGAUUCCGUUUUUAUAAUAAAUCUCAUAUUAAAAAAAGCUCACAAAAAAAGCAGAUCAGGAGAAGGAGGCCUAUAACUAAAUAUCGUAUAAAUGUCGUGACACGUUUUUUGUGCGUGCCAAACCAGUCCAAGAGGUUCUGCAUAGUCCGCAUCGGAUGUCUGCCAUCCAUAGAUCCACUGAUCCACCAGGCAGAUACUGUACUGUAUGUGAUAUAUGAUAUGUGAUUUGGGGCCCUGUGAAUUCUGUGAUGUCGGAGAAAAAACGUAUUAAAAAAAAAUGUAUUUCAUUUUCGGAAAAAAUAAGGAUAAAAAAAGGACAGAAUUAUGGUUCUGUAAAAUUAAGAUUCUGUCAAAUUAAGAUUUGAGGCUAAAAAAAAUAUUUUACAUUUUCUUAAUUUAUUUGUAAAUUUUAGGGCAAAUAUACAACAGAAAAACUUAAAAGAUCAGAUUGUGGAAAAUUAAAAUCUAAAAUGAUUUUGCUCAUUUUUGAAUUUGGGAAAAAUGAAGCAGAUUUCACAGGGCCCUGGGGACAGUAUAGCUGGAUGCUCUUGUCCUGUGGAGAUGCGAUCGGAUAUCAUGCACCAUUGUAGACGACUCCAUGCGCCGUGGUCUCGCUGUGAUUCUCGUGCAGUAGUAGACGUCGCAUUAGAUGGUUGUUUGUUGAUUGAACACGGGGUUUUCCUCUUGAAUAGCCUUCGACUCGAAAAGAACUUAAUCCAGUACGCCUAAAGAGCUUAGCUAUAGGCUGUUGGUGCGUUUCCACUGCACGGUAUCUACACAACGUAACUCAAUUUUACUAGAUUUUGGUACCUGAUACCUGAAACCGGGUCCUUUUUUAGUACCCAUUGACUCACAGCUUUAAGUGAGCCAAGUAGAGACUGUGAUAAUGAAAAAUGAACCAUUUAUCAGGUACCUGGUACCAGAUAUGUGAGUAGAGUUGAGUAGAGUUGAGUUGUGUAGGUACCAAGCCAUUGGAAAAGUACCAAAUGUGUCAAUCACCACUCAGUAACUCAGGAUUAUAUUCCUCACUCCUGAAAGUAAAACUGCUACAAAAGGUUUUUUUUCAGGCUGUGUUCACACUACCAAAGCUAAAGUGAAUCAAAUCUGAUUUUUUUGCCUUAAUCUAAAACAAAUCAGAUUUGAGUCACAUCCAUAUUUACAUGGUCCUAGUUCAUAUUGUAGAUACAUAUUAUUAGAUUAUUGGGUACGUUAAACGAAUGUGAACAGUCACAUUUUUUUCUGCACGUGUGUUAUGCCAAAUACUGUCUUCCUGCCAGAAUCGGACGCCCUUUUUCAUGCAAUUGCUACACAUAGUAGUUAAUUAAGUGGAGUCAGAUUCUGGCAGGAAGUUGGAAUUCGGCACAACACCAAAAUAUAUGGCAAAACAACAGAUAAGACAAACCUGAACAUUUUCAGAUGUUUUUGCUAAUUAAUUCACAUUAUAGACAGAUUGAGUUUAGUUCAUUUAUAAAUGUGAAUCGUGAAUCUGAUUUAAGCUUAAAAUCUGAAUUAUUAAGGUUUGAAAUGUGAACGUAGCCUAAAUGAUUUCAUAGAAGAUGAUGCCUCAUCUCUCAAAGUACUAAAAAGUCUUCUAUGGCGUCGCUAAAAGAAUCCUUUUGUACACCUUUAUUUUUAAGAGUGCUCCUAAAUUUUAUCUGCUCUUCUUCAGUUAAAUUCCUCUUAUCACUGUCAUAACAAAUGCCUUUUUUUUAAAUGAUUGCUUUUAAAAUAUUGGUUUUACCAUUAGACAGCAUCUUUUACACAUUGUGUUGAACAUUUCAUAAGAAAUGGGCCAGUAGAAAUCCAAAAUGGUCCAAAACCAAAAUGUCUUGAACUAAAAUCGUAAAACUUCUUUUGGGAAUUACUCAUUAGUUUUGUUGCGACAGUGACGCCGCGUUAUAUCAUGUUAGUAAUCCCACAAAGCCCCUUUCGUACUCUAGGCUCUACUCUCAGAGGUGCUGUUGCUAGCUAAGCUAUGCUAAGCUAAGCUAAGCGAGACCAAACAUGACAAAGUGCCACCAACAGAUUUUUCCACAAAGCUGCUCUAUAUUUAAAUUCCCUUAAAAUAAACUAAAAACUCUCACUGAAUCUGAACUGGGUGAUGAUAACGAGAAUCAGUGCAAUCAUAACGAAGCUCCAGUUCUACAGAGAGAAUAAGCCUUUCAUCAUUGGUCCAGCAUUUAAAGCACUUUAUAACAGUCUCUGUUAAACUGGUUUUCUCGAGUUCUCACACAGAAUCUCUGUGUUUAACAGAAGAUUAAGACAUUAGUAUCAAAUGUCUCAUCAUGGUCAUUUUGUGUUAAAUUAUGUGUUUACAUCUUAAGUAUUAAAAAAAGGCUAUUUUAGUCUCUUUUAUGUCUUUUCUGUACUUAUCUAUGAAUAAAAAAGACUACAUUCA